AUGGUGAGACCAAGAGGCAUGGGUCGCAGCAAAAUUGAGAUCAAGAAAAUAGAGAACAAGGACUCCAUGUACUCCACCUUCACCAAGCGGCGCAACGGCCUCUUUCGGAAGGUGGAGAAACUCUCCACCUUAUGCGGUGUUGAUGUCGCAGCUAUCGUGUUCUCGCCAAAGGACAAGCUCUAUGCCUAUGGGCAGCCGUCGGUGAACUCCGUCGUGGACCGCUUUCUACGAGAAGAAGAAAAGCCCUUGCAUGGGGAUGGGAUUGGUGGAGAUAUUGAUCCCUCGGUGAACUCCGAGAUCAUGCACGGGGAUAUCGGAGAUUUCGUGAGAGCCAAACAAGAAAAAGAAACGACUGUUGCUGGAAGGAGCGAGGGUGGCGGGUUUUUGUCGAAUGAGCAUAUUUGUGGCAUGGAAUUGCAUGAACUUGAGCAGUGCAAAGAUUUCAUGGAAGAGUUGAUGAAAAAGGUGGCUGAUCGAGUAGAAGAGACGGUGAGGAGGAGGGUCUCUUUGAAGGAUUUUCUGCCCAUGAAUUCUAGUCUUCAAAGAAGACUAGAUUAA